AAAGAAACUAUAAAGCAUGGUAGUGUUCAAACAGGUAUAAAUUUCUACUUAAUCAUUAGUCAAUACUACUAUUACUUAUUAUUUUUAUUUGUUUAAUAAAAAUGUACUAUUUACAGAAAAUUUAGAAUUUGAGGAUGAGGUAAAAGAGUGUGCUGAGUGGUUGAAGCACAAUAUAGCACCAUGGGCUGAUGUUUUAGAAAAAUGGCAAAAAACCUAUAACAUAAGAAUGAAUGAUCUUGCUACAUUAGAAGAAAGAAACUUAGCAAAUAUUUUUGAUAAUUGGUCAUUAUUUAAACAUCCACAAGGAUAUGAAUUGAUAAAUAUUGAUUUUAAUAAAAUGAAUAUUACAAAUAUGGAAAUAAAUUUCAACAUUUGGAAAAAAUUUUUUGAAGCUAUACGAGAAAUGCAAAUUACAAGUAGCAAAGAUAGCAAUUAGUAUUUUUAAUGUUAAAGGAAAUAGACAAUGAAGAUGUAACAGAAGACAACAAAGUAGUAAAAAUGAUACACUUAUUAUCACAUUUUGUACCACCAAGAAAAUUAUGUGGCCGUGGGAAGAAAAUUUUUAAACCUUCAAUAGCAAUAGCGCACAACAAAGCAUGAUUAAACACGUUAAUACUACCGCUGUAACUCGAAUACGAACGGAAACAAAGAUUUUCGCUGCAACACUAAAAUUGACAGUUCAACCGUACAUCAUCACUGUAGGCCCUAAUAAUACAGUAAAUGAGAUCUAUGUUUGUGUGGAUGAAACCUUGUAUACAGUCAACAGUGUCAUUACAGCAUUAGACAUAUGUUUUAUUGUCUUUCAAUUAAGUUAUCCAGUUGCCAGCGAACAUUUAUGGCUUUUAAUCCAGAAAGGUAUUUACAAUUUUAAUACAAAAUGGGACACUGCCAUACCAUUUAUUGCACAUAUAUUAAAUAAAGUUAAAGUAGAAAUUCAUGGUAAAGAGAAUGUUGAAAAUUUAUCAUGUGAUGAAGAAUCUUUGAGUAUUUCAGUUGAAAAUGAAUACACAGAUUAAAAAGAAUUAAAUU